UUUGUGAAUAGUUUGAUAUAGCUGUUCCGAUCGAUUCAAUUCUGGGUACUAUCUGAAUAUAAGAAAUUUGUUUCCAUCAAAAAAAAAAGUUGAAGCCUGACUCUACGCAUUUAUACAGUUCUUGACUUGCUGGAGAACUACAAUGUCCAAGCAAUAAUUGGCCCACAGAAAUCUUCUCAAGCUGUGUUUAUAUCAGCUCUCGGAAAUAAGCAUCAAGUCCCAAUUAUAUCAUUCACAGCAACAAGCCCAUAUUUAUCUUCCCGUAGAGUUCCAUAUUUUGUUCAAGCAACAGCGCGUGACUCUGCACAAGUGUGUAGCAUUGCAUCCAUAAUCAAGACCUAUGGAUGGAGAGAGGUCGUGCCUAUCUAUGUAGACAACGAUUAUGGUAGAGGUAUAAUACCAGAUCUUGUUAAUAUCCUUGAAGGAAUAGAUGCCCAUAUUCCUUAUCGGAGUGUGAUAGACGAAUCAGCAACAGGUGAACAAAUUACACAAGAACUCUACAAGCUGAUGACAAUGCAAACAAGGGUCUUUGUCGUUCACAUGUCCUCCUCCUUGGGCUCCCUCUUCUUCACAAAAGCAAAAGAAAUUGGCAUGAUGAGCAAAGGAUUUGUUUGGAUCAUAACAGAUGGACUAGCAAGUGUUAUAGAUUCCCUAAAUACUUCAGUCGUGGAAGCAAUGAAUGGUGCCUUGGGGGUUGAGUCCUAUGUUCCUAAAUCAACAGAACUUGACAAUUUCACCAUGAGAUGGUAUAUGAAGUCCCGAAAUGAUCAUCCAAAUGACCCAACAUUGAAAUUAAGCAUCUUUGGACUAUGGAGCUAUGAUACGAUCUGGGCAGUAGCAAAAGCAGCAGAAAAGGCAAAGGUUACUGAAGCAAAAUUUCAGAGACCACCUGCACUGAAAAACUACACAAGUUCAAAAACCUUAGAGAACUCAAGAAACGGUCCAGCAGUCCUAAAGGCGAUUUUGCAAACUAAGUUUGAAGGCUUAAGUGGUUACUUUGACCUUUCAGAUGGACAGCUGCAAGUUUCCAUGUUUCAGAUAAUAAAUGUUGUUGGAAAAGCACAUAGAGUAAUUGGGUUUUGGACUGCACAAAAUGGAAUUUCACAGCAGCCGGACCAAAGGAGAUCGAACACAACAUACAGCACCACGCGUAACUUGAAAAUCGUGAUUUGGCCAGGAGAAUCAACAGAGGUGCCGAAAGGUUGGGAAAUUCCAACAAAUGGGAAGAAGCUUCGAGUUGGUGUAGUCGCAGGUGGAGGGUAUCCAAAAUACAUAGAUGCCAAUGAAGACUCCAUAACAGGUGAAAUUAAAGCAAGUGGCCUUGCAAUUGAAAUAUUUGAAGAGGCAGUAAAGAGGCUUCCUUAUGCACUCCCUUAUGAAUAUGUAAUAUUUGACAGCAAAGAGAAUGCAAGUUCAAGCUAUGAUGAUUUUGUCAGCCAAGUUUACCUUAAGGUAAGACAUACUUCGCAUGUUUGUCUUUUCAAGUCGAAAGAAUGUGCAUAAAGUUAUGCUUUCCAGCAUCUGAAAUUCUUAUAUCAUGCUGUUAUUUCAAAUAAAACAAACUACUUCAGCUAUUCCAAUGCCAUGUUAGUUUAGUAAAUGGUUCCAAUACCAUAAUAGACGAAAAGAAAUCUAAGCCUUUGUGAUUUUACUUGGUCAAUGACACAAUUUUGAGGUACUUUCGCAUGCCCCCGCCCCAACCCCCCAACCAAAUUUCUUUUUCUCCCUGACUCUUGGUUAAACAAUUUUCUUUCACACCCUGACAGAAGUACGACAUAGCAGUUGGAGACAUAACAAUUAGGUACAACAGAAGUUUGUACGUCGACUUCACUCUGCCAUACACUGAAUCAGGGAUAGCAAUGGUUGUUCCUGUCAAGGAAAGCGUAGACAAGAAUGCAUGGAUUUUCUUGAAGCCCCUGACACCUGGCAUGUGGUUUGGGACUAUCAUACUCUUUAUCUACACAGGCAUUGUGAUAUGGUUAUUGGAGCUUCUAGGCAACAACAAGAGUGUUCAUGGUCCAAUUCCGCAACAGCUUGCUACAAUGAUAUAUUUUUCAUUGUUUGAAGAGAGUUGAGUGCACUUACCCUUGUACUUUUUCCCCUGAAAUAAAUUAGAUAGAUAUGUAGCAUAAUGACCAAGUUGAUAUGCUUUUUAUCCUGACAAGUUACUUUCAUACAGAAAAAUUCCAGAACUUAAAAAAAGAAAUGUGUAUUGUUUAGAUGCUUUCCACUAAAUGUGCUGUGUUUAUAAGCCAUCUCCUACAGGAGACCAGACCUCGUACUGAGUCAAGCCAAUACGAAAUUAGAAGGCAUAGCUCCAACCGUAUGCGUGAAAAGAUUACCAAAUCUUGAGUCUUAAUACUUUUCUCUUUUCUGAACUUUCAUUUAUGAUGUCUGAAAAUAAUAUUAACUUGAAAUGUAAC